AUGGCUACCGAAAAAAGUUUCCGCGAUAUCGUGCUGCACGAAUUACAGCUGCCUGUUGAAAUUUUGGAUACAUUUGAAGGCGCAAACAUAGAUUCUGAUCGCCUAUCGCGAAUUCCAAGAGACGAACUGGAAGACGUAUUGACGGUUGCCGGAACAAUAGCCAGCGAAAACAUUGCUUGGAACAUCGACGAAAUUUUCCGGCGAAUUGUCGAGUGGCGCCAGGAAUCUGGAUUUGGCAUUAUUGGGUUUGAAGACGUCGAAAUAGUAGAAGAUUGGUUGGCCUGUGACAACUCAGAAGAGACCGAAACAAAUACGGUUGAGCCAAGGGAUUCAUCCGCAGCGAGCGAGCAGAAGUCUACCGAGCAAAUCACAGCCGAUACUGAAGUGUGUCGUGAGACUGAACCAAGCCCAAAGAUCCCAGAUCCGUCGAUCGAUUCCAAGGUCGAUUCAGCCACUUCAGCAGCAGUCCCAGUACCAACACUCCAUAGGAAAACAACAACAUCGGAUGAUUUGCCCAGUUCCUUACCUGGCACAUCGAGAGCGGCUGCGGCUGGUGUGCGUUUUUUUUCGCCCGCAUCGACAGGAAAGGAGAAUCGUAAUUUUACUUCGGAUGUUUUGGUUCAACUACUAGAGCAGACAAUCGUUGGCCGGCAGCUAAUAGAACGGGCCGCCUCUGGACCACUAUCAAGUGAAAGUCAACGUGAACUGGUGGACAUUAUUGCAGAAUACCAUUGUGCAUCUGGCAUCAAAGCAACAGAGUAUGUACUGCGCGAAUAUGCCGAAUCGAUCACCACUGUCUUCAAGGACGAAACGCAGGAUACAUAUUUGGUCAUAAGAGGUGGAGCGAAGAGGAAUCCCGGCGGAAAGAUCUAUAACCGCAUAUCUAACCGGAAGCAAAAGGCUGCAAAACGUAAGCGAAUUGAGGAGAAGCAUCAAACCGAAACCCAAAAGCAAGCUGGAAAACAACCUGUGGAUGACCCGACUGUGAAAGAGGCUGAAUACUGGCUGGAACAUAAUUCGCAACCGUGGGAGACAACUUUGAACAAAUGGAAGGAUUCUUUCCCAGCUAGAAAACCACUGCUGAUGAAAUCAAACGCUGUUGAAGAGGUGCUAAAACGCUUCCGGCAUUAUUCUAAUGAAUUUGGGUUUCAGCUGGUUGAUAAGGAUUUUGAUCUGCUGGCUAGAGGUGAUAAAAAUGGAUCAAGAACAUGGGACUUAUGUCUUGAAAAACUGAUUCGGUUUGUCAAGCGCCCAUACAAGGAUACAUUUUCCAGUGACAUCGUUGAGCAACUUGCUUCAUCAGAGUUGGACCAAAAUUCCAAGGUUUGUGCCAUUCUUAUUCUACUGAAUAACAUUCUGCUGCCAACAAAAGUCACGAAAACGUUCAAGCCGACAAUACUAUCCGCGCAAGAAGAUGUGAUCUUUUUUGCAGCGUCGGACGCAGAGGCCAUCCAGAAAGUAAACGAAUACAACGAGACUGUUUGCAAGCUAGGCCUUAAGCCGUCGCCAAAGCUAGUCUUCAGAGGCGAAAGCUUCAAAACACUGACAGGUGUUUUUGAAGUUCACUAUCAGAAUAUAGUGUAUCGUCUAGAUUCAGCAGUGAGGGCCAUUGAUGUACUAAUCAAAUUUAGUACUGUUUUUGGCUUGGAGCAUUCACGUAUUUCUCGCCAUGUAUGGAAUUUCGUGAGUUCGUACAUGUACAAACUACCUGUUCCAGAGGAAUACGGAUCUAUUAUCAAACUUAAGCGGUAUCUGUCUGCCGACUAAUCAUGUUUGUCUGCAUGAUUCCGGAUUGUUCCCUGGAGUUCCCAACUACCACUGGAUACCUCGAACAUCUAACAAAGGAUCAUCGAACACCGAGAGAAUUCCGCUACGUCUGCACUUUCCCAGAUUGUUACCAAAAGGCUGCAAAUUUUUACACCUUCAAGCGUCACGUACUUGCCCACAUGUCGGAUUCAAUUCUCGCGUAACAUUA